GAGGCACAAGGGUGGAAUGUGGGCUGGGCCAAGUUUAGAAUUACAAGUGCCACAGAGGCGUUCUGGAACCACACUUUAAAUAGCCAGCACCUUCCCCUUCCCCCUUAGAUAAUUCUUCUCCCGACUGGACCUCUGGCAGCAACUUCACUAAGGUUCGAAAUGUUUUCUUCUCUUUUUUUUCUAUUUCUGCAUCUCAGACUGCAGGUUGGUGGGAUCCAUGGGACUUACAACCAAAGGAUGUUUUUCUUACCCUCGCAUAGAAAAUAUGCUUCUGACAUGUGGGAUGGAUAGCAGGGUCUCAGGCACAACCAGUAAUGGAGAGACAAAACCAGUGUAUCCAGUCAUGGAAAAGAAGGAGGAAGAUGGCACCCUGGAGCGGGGGCACUGGAACAACAAGAUGGAGUUUGUGCUGUCAGUGGCUGGGGAGAUCAUUGGCUUAGGCAACGUCUGGAGGUUUCCCUAUCUCUGCUACAAAAAUGGGGGAGGUGCCUUCUUCAUCCCCUACCUCGUCUUCCUCUUUACCUGUGGCAUUCCUGUCUUCCUUCUGGAGACAGCACUAGGCCAGUACACUAGCCAGGGAGGCGUCACAGCCUGGAGGAAGAUCUGCCCCAUCUUUGAGGGCAUCGGCUAUGCCUCCCAGAUGAUCGUCAUCCUCCUCAAUGUCUACUACAUCAUCGUGUUGGCCUGGGCCCUUUUCUACCUCUUCAGCAGCUUCACCAUCGACCUGCCCUGGGGCGGCUGCCACCACGCGUGGAACACAGAGCACUGUAUGGAGUUCCAGAAGGCCAACGGCUCCCUGAAUGGUACCUCUGAGAAUGCCACCUCUCCUGUCAUCGAAUUCUGGGAGCGGCGGGUCUUGAAGAUCUCUGAUGGGAUCCAGCACCUGGGGGCCCUGCGCUGGGAGCUGGCUCUGUGCCUCCUGCUGGCCUGGGUCAUCUGCUACUUCUGCAUCUGGAAGGGGGUGAAGUCCACAGGCAAGGUGGUGUACUUCACGGCCACAUUUCCUUACCUCAUGCUGGUGGUCCUGUUAAUUCGAGGGGUGACGUUGCCUGGGGCAGCCCAAGGAAUUCAGUUUUACCUGUACCCAAACCUCACACGCCUGUGGGAUCCCCAGGUGUGGAUGGAUGCAGGCACCCAGAUAUUCUUCUCCUUCGCCAUCUGUCUUGGGUGCCUGACAGCCCUGGGCAGCUACAACAAGUACCACAACAACUGCUACAGGGACUGCAUCGCCCUCUGCUUCCUCAACAGCGGCACCAGCUUUGUGGCCGGCUUUGCCAUCUUCUCCAUCCUGGGCUUCAUGUCUCAGGAGCAGGGGGUGCCCAUCUCUGAGGUGGCCGAGUCAGGCCCUGGCCUGGCUUUCAUCGCUUACCCGCGGGCCGUGGUGAUGCUACCCUUCUCUCCUCUCUGGGCCUGCUGCUUCUUCUUCAUGGUGGUUCUCCUGGGACUGGAUAGCCAGUUUGUGUGUGUAGAAAGCCUGGUGACAGCGCUGGUUGACAUGUACCCUCACGUGUUCCGCAAGAAGAACCGGAGGGAAGUCCUCAUCCUCGGAGUAUCUGUCGUCUCCUUCCUUGUGGGGCUGAUCAUGCUCACAGAGGGCGGAAUGUACGUGUUCCAGCUCUUUGACUACUAUGCAGCCAGUGGCAUGUGCCUCCUGUUCGUGGCCAUCUUUGAGUCCCUCUGUGUGGCUUGGGUUUACGGAGCCAGGCGCUUCUACGACAACAUCGAAGACAUGAUUGGGUACAGGCCAUGGCCUCUUAUCAAAUACUGUUGGCUCUUCCUCACACCAGCUGUGUGCACAGCCACCUUCCUCUUCUCCCUGAUCAAGUACACUCCACUGACCUACAACAAGAAGUACACGUACCCAUGGUGGGGCGAUGCCCUGGGCUGGCUCCUGGCUCUGUCCUCCAUGGUCUGCAUUCCUGCCUGGAGCCUCUACAGACUCGGCACCCUCAAGGGCCCCUUCAGAGAGAGAAUCCGUCAGCUCAUGUGCCCAGCCGAGGACCUGCCCCAGAGGAACCCAGCAGGACCCUCGGCUCCCGCCACCCCCAGGACCUCACUGCUCAGACUCACAGAGCUGGAGUCUCACUGCUAGGGGGCAGGCCUUGGAUGGUGCCUGUGAGCCUGGCCGUGGGGAUGGCUGCAGAAGCAGCCCCAUGUGCUUCCCUGCCCCCGACCUGGAGUGGAUAAGACAAGAGGGGUAUUUUGGAGUCCACCUGCUGAGCUGGAGGCCUCCCACUCCAACUUUUCAGCUCAGGGGUUGCUGAACAGAUGUGAAAGGCCAGUGCCAAGAGUGUCCCUCUGAGACCCUUGGGAAGCUGGGUGGGGGCUGGUGGGUGGGGCGAGACUGUUGCUGGCUUCAGGCCCUCUCAUCCUUCAUUCCAUUAAAUCCACAUUCUUCCCGCUGA